CGUCAUCUCGGUUGUUCAGUGCAAGCUUCGAUUUCGGCGGAGAAAUCAUUCCCGGAGUUUCAGACACGGACAUUUCAUCGUGCGCAAAGUGAUCAAUCUACGCCUGAAGUUAUAUUCAACGGCUCAUUAAAGAGUUUCACCACCUGUUUGCGGAUCUUGAACAUUCCAGAGAAAAUGCACGCAUGCAGAUUUCCAGGAAAUGCCGAGCAGCAAAUACGGAUCCUGCUAUACAUUUAACGGGGACCAAUUUGGCGAAAGUAGAAACACGACACGGGAAGGCCAGGACUACGGUCUAACAAUAGAAGUAGACGUGGAAGCCAUGGAGUACCUUCCCCUCACCAGCACGGCCGGACUCAAGGUCCUGGUACACCCCAUGGGCAUCACGCCCUUCCCCGAGGACGAAGGCAUAGUGGUCGGCACAGGCGCCUCCACCAGCAUCGGUCUCAGGAGGUUCCCUGUUGCAGUGCUGCGGCAGCCUGGAAUUCCAUAA